CCAAUUCAUAAUCCCUAGCUUCUUCAUCUCAAUUAUUGCCUAUGUUUAGUUAGUGAUAUGGUUACUGGUCAUCGGUAUCUCCUUGUUCUCAUUGUGCUCUUAUUCACUUCCUCCUCCGCGAAACUGACAUCGUGUUUUCCACCCAGUCACUGCAAUUAAUCCAAGAACACCACAAAGAUGGAGGCCUACGACCUUUCAGACACUUCGUCGAACCUGAGUUCUCCGCCAAUGUCUCCAGUUCCUCCGUCAGAGUUCUAUCCAUCCCCUCCUACUUCCCAAGGCCUCGGAAUCAUUCCACCCAUAGUCUCCGAACCACCGAUGCAACCAACUCCGGGACCGCCAACAAGCACCAAUAAGAAUACCAAUAAUAGGAGAAGGCGUGCGGUGCCACCAAAACCUCGGAUAUCGCGACAUCUUGACCUAGGCCUUGUGUCGCACAAGGAUCAGAACGAUCAUCUGGAAUUGCUGGUCUCAGCGCUCCAAAAUAAACGAAAAAUUGUGGUUGUCGCCGGAGCUGGAAUCUCGGUUUCAGCUGGCAUUCCUGACUUCAGAUCGUCGCACGGAUUAUUUAAAACGCUUCGGAAAGACCAUAAAUUGAAAGCAUCCGGGAAAGAACUUUUCGACGCGUCGGUUUAUCUGGACAGCACGAUGACUUCUUCUUUUCAUGAUAUGGUUCGUUUGUUGUCAGAUAUGGCGGCCACCGCAAAGCCCUCAGCUUUUCAUCACCUAUUGGCGCGGCUUGCGAAGGAGGAUCGUUUGCUGCGUUUAUACACACAAAACAUAGACGGUAUUGACACAUCACUGCCGCCGUUAACUACCGAAGUUCCUCUGAAUUUGAAGGCCCCAUGGCCGCGCACUAUCCAGCUCCAUGGCGGUUUGAAGAAAAUGAUAUGUCAAAAGUGUAGACAUACAUCAGAUUUCAAGGCCCACCUCUUCCAGGGGCCUGAUCCCCCUCUCUGCCCUGAAUGUUGUGAAGAAGAUUCUCAUCGCAUGAGUACGGGCCAGCGGAGCCGGGGCGUUGGGAAGUUACGACCUCGAAUUGUGCUCUAUAAUGAACAUAACCCUGAUGAAGAAGCGAUUGGGUCUGUGGUGAGGGCUGAUCUACGGACAAGACCCGAUGCCUUGGUGGUAGUUGGGACGAGUUUAAAAAUCCCGGGGGUCCGCCGUAUCGUUAAAGAGAUGUGCCGUGUAGUCCAAGGGAGAAAAGAUGGAAUUACCAUGUGGAUAAAUCACGAUUCGGCUCCUGUUGGAAGAGACUUUGAACACUGUUGGGAUCUCGUGGUCCAAGGUGAUUGUGAUGAGGUUGCCGAACUUGUGGGUUUGAAACGAUGGAACGAUACAGGCGACGAAACUUUUGCUGCCUUCUCGGCACCUGAAGCUGAAAGCUUCAAGCAAGGGCACGGCAAUAAUAUCGCUGUUGUGGUUCCUCGUUCCAUAGCCAUGGCUCCCAAAGCAAGGACGCAUAUAACCCCAGUCGAAAUGCCUGCAAAUCCCGCUACCAAAUACCAUCCUCUCAAAAAGCCCCUUGACGGAAAAGCAGAGAAGCCCCCCAGACAGCGCAGGACUCCACAUACGAACAAAUCCCCACCUCAAAGAAAGCUCCCAUCAAAUUUCCGCGUUAGCAAGCCGAGUAAUCAGGGUGAGAAAAAUAACGUCAAGAACAUUUUUCCUGACAUGCAAGUCUCAACAAUUAUGCAUCCAAUAUCCCCGGGUGCGGCACGAAAUAAUGGUCCCAUGUUCCCCGAGUUGGUAGCGUCGUCUACAUCCCAUCCCCCAGCCACUACCCCGUGGAACGACACCGAGAUUAUUUCGCCUAUAGGCAGAAUACCUGCUGAUAUGCAAAAGAUCCUCAUUAGCCGAACUAAUGAAUGACAGGUUAGAUUCUGCUGUAUUCCUAUAUUACUUUGAUGCCUUUAGGCCAUUCUUAUAGAUAUCAUCCGUCCUUAGGUUUGGAGUUGAUGAUCUUAGAGCAGUUAACAUAUGUUCUUAUGCUCCUGGGUGAUUGAAAUUCUUAUCCUUCUGUUAAGUUCAAGAUCAGUAAUUUUCAUUGGUAUGAAGGGAUAUCCUGCAGUAAUAAAAAUUGAGAGAAAGGGACGUGAUGGAGAGAUCAAAGACUUCACAAGCAAAGCACCGUCCCUGCGUGCAUUUCCCGGCAUUGUGGUGUUUGAAUAAAACCCCACCCGCACGACUAGAGGAUGUUCUCCUUGUUUGGAAUUGUGUCUGUACUUGUUGGGGGUGGCCAUCUGUUCUUCUCGGUUCCUAUUUGUGAAUAUGUUGCAAUGCCUACAUGAAUGCUUGCUGUUAAAUGCUAGUCUUAUGAUAUAA